AUGACCGCCAAAUCGGCACCAGUACAGAUUUUCCCGGGCAAGGGCUUGGGCUUUAUCAGCAUGUCUCCGAUGAUCUACAGGUGCGGGGAUACGCUUGGUGCCUCCCUACACAAUGUCCUAACUCGGGUCAAAUCACACCCCCAAACGUAUCCAGAGAUCGACCUCGCGUACUCCUCGACGGAGCCCCUGCGAAAACCCGUUGUGUUGAGGCUACCCGCCAACGGGCUACGUCUACGGUUUGACGGACCUGAUCAGAGGUUGCGCCUGAUCGAGGUGCUGGAUUUUUCGAGGAUAAAUUUGGUUUACAAGACUCAGGAUGUAAUGAAGAGUGGAAAAUCAUCCGAGCAACCGACUUCGUCUCAGGGUCCCAAUUUCCGACAGGUCUACAACCGCCUCUUUGGUCCAACCCACCCCGGAGAAUAUGUUCCCCCACCGGAUCAGUCGCCGUAUGGCACUUAUGUGCUCUCGUACCCCGGCGUCGCAUUCACUUUCCCUCUCCAGCACUCGGCAUGGUCUGACUCGUGCGACUAUGUAGCCCUUCUGUCAUCCUCUGUGGCGAUGCCAGCGACGUCCAUGGCCAUCUUUCAAGGACCCUCUUGGCCCGAGGUUCGGGCGAAACUUUUCGCCCAACAGCCUCAAUAUCCACGUUCUUCAGCGGUGGUCGGCAAGACCCGUGAUGCGUUCGCCGAUGAGAUCGAAGAAUUUCACAUCCUCGGCGCCGGCAGACUAGAAGUAAUCCGACGAAUUAGCCCCACGCUGCAAAUUUGCCUUGGAGAGACCACUCCUCAGGACCUCAUUGCCGAGUUCGGCCCCCCAGAUGCCAUAUACCGUAAAAAUGACCGGCGAAUAUCGAUCCAUCGCGCAGCGGGGACCGGCGGUGGCGGCACCGGUGGUGGUGGAGACCUGCUACAAUUCAGUCCCUCGCCUGGCCGAGGGAUCGAUAUCCCGGAUACUGAUCACUCAUCGAAUAACAGCGUGUCAGAUGAUUCUGAUGAGGAGAUCUCUCUAAAUAGCAUCAGUGAUCCAAUUUCCUUGCCCUCUGAGUGUUUCUUCAACUAUUUUCAUCACGGCUUUGAUGCAUUCAUAUCGCAUGCAACACCUCCCGGUCCUGGAUUUCCAGCAUCAGACACACAAGAUUCCUCUCAUCAGUCCUCACCGUCGCAACUGACCGUCACUAAGGUCAUCUUGCAUGGUAAUGUACCAGGCUCAUACCCAUUCAACCGUCACCGACGGAGUCGAUGGAUGAUUCAUCCUGACCAGUCCAAUGGUGGUCUGACCUCUGAAUCUUCAUUCGAUGAAAUCUCGGAGCGACUGCGAGAUGUGUGGAAAGGGUCAUAUGCCAACCCCGGCGAGGAACGUGCCCUGCAACGGCCAAUGGUCCUGAAUCGCGGCUGGGGCGACAGCCCGGAGAGCAGUGUCGAAUUCCUCGGCGGCUGGGAAGAAAGUACCUCUCGGGGACUUCGAACAGGACCAGAAGGGCAUGACGGAGGCCUGGGUAAUACAGAGCUCUUUGGAUUCCCAGGGCUUCUCUUUGAGGUGCUGAAGAAUGGCGCGGUUAGUUGUUUGACGGUGUAUUGA